AGAAUUGGGGCAUUAAUUUGUAAGGAAUUCAAGUUAACUUCCUUUGUCAAACAUCAAUUUAAUCCUACAAUGAAGUUAAGAAAUAGGGAGAGAAGUUAAGAGAUGAAAGAUGGGAAAAACCUCUUUAUAUUUUUACAUUUACUCAAAUGGUGAACUUAAUCUGGCCCGAGAUAUGAGAGUCGUAUAUGAACACACGAACCUCAAAGUCUAUUCCAAUUCCCAAUUGCAUCAAGGUAUCUGAGCCUUCUAGCGCUUUCUAGAAGACGGUUUAGAGAAUUGAAACCCCAGCUUCUACAUUGAGCUUUGCUUCCAUAAAUUCACGGUUGGACUUAGAAGAACAAUUGAAGGCUAAUGCAAUAAUCAAAUGAUGGCGACAAUUCCAGCUAACAACUUCAACUUCACAAUUCACCCAAUUCAACACCAACCCAGAAACCUUCCUGUAUUCGUGCAUCAGAGAAGAAGAAUUUUAAGUGUACCCGUAAACUCCCAUCUCCAUUAUCAUUUCUAUAAUCCCAGUACAUGUCUUUGUUCUUCUGUUGUUCCCAGGGCUUGCAGUGAUGCUGAAUCUGCCUCUCGACAAUCUACACUUUCGGAUGCUGGUGCGACAUAUAGUAGCUUGUCAAGUACUGAUGACAAUUACGUGCCCUUGCUAGUGAGAACGCUUGGGCUGGACAAUGAUCCCCUUGACAGAGAGCAAGCAGUUAUUGCUCUUUGGAAAUAUUCUAUGGGAGGAAAGCAUUAUGUAGAUAACAUCAUGCAGUUUCGUGGGUGUGUUAAUCUUAUUGUACAUCUUCUAAGGUCUAAAUCUAGUGCUGCCUGUGAAGCAGCAGCUGGCCUUUUAAGAAUGAUUUCUACCGUCAAUGCAUAUAGAGAUAUUGUAGCUGAAAGUGGGGCCAUAGAGGAGAUAAGUGCUUUACUCAGGAGGUCUUCCUUGACAUCUGAGGUGAAAGAACAAAGUGUGUGUAUGCUGUGGAACUUAACAGCAGAUGAGAAAUACAGGUUGAAGAUCGCAAAAACUUCUCUUUUGCCUGUACUUGUAAAGUUUCUGGAUGAUGAAGACAUGAAAAUAGUUGAGGCAGCUGGUGGAAUUUUGUCAAAUCUGGCUUUGAGUUCUCCAAAUCACAGUGUAAUGGUUGAAGCUGGCGUUAUUCCAAAACUGGCCAAGUUUUUGACAAAUGAAAUUGAAGGAUCAAAAGUCAUCAGAAAAGAAGCAAAAAAUGCUUUACUUGAGCUUAUUAAAGAUGAUUAUUUCCAAAUUCUUGUCAUGGAAGAAGGAUUGGUACCUGUACCUUUGGUCGGUGCAGCUGCUUAUGCAGCUUUCAAGCCAAUAUUACAUUCAUGGCCCUCAUUGCCUGAUGGUACUGAGUUUAGACGAAGCUCAAAACCUUCAAGAUAUGGUGCUUCUGAGUUACUACUAGGGUUAAAUGUUGAAGAAAAUACUGAUAAAAUAGACAAGUCCAAGAUGGAUGCAAUAGUUGGGCGGACACAACAGCAAUUUUUAGCCCGUAUUGGUGCUAUAGAAACUGAAGGUGAUAGGAAUUCAGAAAGAGAGUCUUUCAGUAGCUUUCACCAAACUUUGCUGCCGUGGAAGGAUGGUAUUGCACGUUUGGUACUGAUUCUUGAGCUGGAAGAUGAGGCUGCUAUUGCUAAAGCAGCUGGUUCUAUUGCUGCUGCAUCAGUAAGUGAACACAUGCGCAUCUUAUUCAAGGAAGCGGGAGCUGUGAAUCGUCUAGUUCACCUCUUAAACUAUGGUAGUGAUGCAUUGAGAUCAUCUGUUCUGAAUGCAUUGGAUAAGCUGUCUAUCAGUCAUUCUCUUUCUGGAGCAAUGGAGGCAGAGGGUGUUUUAGACCCUUUGAUCACAAUACUUCAUGACUUGAAUACAACUGAUGACCUAAUUGAAAAGACAAUAAGCAUUCUGGCACGGAUCUGGGAGCCAAAUAAGCAGAGGAAGUUAAAGUUUUACGGCGGACCUGUUAAUGGUUCAACAAUAAAUGAUUCAAGAGGUCACAAUGUUACUCCGGGACUUAGUGGAAACGAGGUGGAAGUGGAAAAUAUGCUGGACUCGGCACUAGCUGCUCGUCUUGUAGAUAUUAUGAAAAUUGCAUCCCCAAGCUUAAAAACGAAGGUUGCGUCUAUCCUUGAGUAUUUUGCUAUGGUUGAAUCAUACAUCGACACCAUCACUGCAACAGAUAUUGGGUCUGCCUUAAUUGAUGUCUUCCAACAAAUAGUUCCAAAAGAUACGGAAACUAGUGCGGAAGAUCAGGAGCUUGACAUGGUAUACGUUGAAGAAGUUGGACUUGCUGCCUCACAAGCAUCCAGAUUGCUGACAAAACUACUUGAUUACCAGCAGUUUCGACAGAUCAUUGAUUCAAAUCGAUUCACAAAAUUGCUUCAGCAGAUUCUUAGGUCAGAUAUACCUCUUCAUUACAAAGAAUGGGUUGCUGCAUGCCUAGUUAGACUCAGUUUCUUUUCGAGUCCUUUUGAGAAUCCAAUUACCACUGAUGUUAUGCUUUAUGAGACCAUUCCACGGUUGAUUGAGCUAUUGAAAACCAGUUUCUCAUCCGAUGCCCAAGAAGCCGCAGUCAUGGAACUUAAUAGGAUUGUUUCUCAAGGUGUGGUAGGUGCAACACAAGCUGUUGCUGCUCACGGGGGUAUAUUUCCGUUAGUGAAGUUGCUAGAGCAAGGUAGCGAGAAGGCUGUCGAAGCCGGGUUAGCUGUCCUGUACAAUCUGAGUAUGGAUAGCGAGAAUCAUUCAGUGAUAAUAGCCGCCGGAGCAGUGCCUCUCUUACGGAGAAUUAUACUUUCGCAAAAACCUCAAUGGACUCGUGCACUUCUUCUUUUGAGGAAUUUGCCAGUGUGAUGAACUUGAACUCGUAUACAUGCUUUCGAGUUUGAUACCUUAGCUGAAGGUCUUCCAAAAUCGUGGUUACAUAUGGAGAUAACCAUUUCUUUCAGAAGGUAGGAUGACCCAAAUUUAGAUCAAGAUGAUAUGUAAGUUAUACUAAUUAGUAGUUAUAUCAUAUAUGAGGUCAAAUGUGACAAUAGAGAUAUUGGGUUGCACAACUUGCAUAGAAAAUAUUUCUUACUUUGUGCAUUGCUUGAGAAACAAGUAAUUUAAGUUGAUAAGAUUGAUUGAUGUUCAAGCUUAGUAAAA